AUGUUCUCGUCCGCGCUGAAGUCUUUCAGCUCCAACAUCUCCGCCAACUACCAGAUCUCCCCCCACCCCACUGUAUAUUCCGGCCCCUGGAAAAUCCACGAUGCGACGAAAAAGUCUACGGGGACACCGGCGUCCGUCUUCAUAUUUGACCGCAAAGUCCUCGAGCCGCGGUCUGGGAGAUUUGGCUCCCGGUCAGGGUCCUCGUCCAAAAAAUUACAGGAAGAUGUAAUCGAGCGGCUCAAGCGGGAAGCCAGCAACCUCGCCCGGCUGAGACAUCCAUCCAUCCUCCAGGUGCUUGAGCCGGUCGAGGAAACUCGCAGUGGUGGCCUAAUGUUUGCCACAGAACCUCUCACUGCCUCGCUCUCCGGGCUUCUGCUGGAAAAGAGCGAGCAGGAUAGCACGUCGGGUGCUGGUUCGCGGUCCAGCCGAUAUAUGGUCGAGCAGGCCGAUGGAACACGAGGAAGACGGGACUUGGAAAUUGAUGAACUAGAAAUACAAAAGGGGCUGCUUCAGGUGGCAAAGGGUCUUGAAUUUCUCCACGAGUCCGCGGGUCUUGUUCAUGGCAACCUGAACCCAGAGGCCAUCUAUAUCAACGCCAAAUCUGACUGGAAAAUAUCCGGUCUCGGGUUUGCAGGACCUCCUGAUUCCUCGGAAUCUCGAUCAUCAUUGCCGCCCUUGGCUGUCUCCGAGGUGCUCUACCAGGACCCAAGACUCCCUGCUUCGGUUCAGCUAAACAUGGACUACACGUCUCCGGAUUUCGCUCUGGAUUCCAAUGUGUCCUCUUCUGCUGAUAUGUUCUCUCUGGGUCUCAUAAUUAUUGCCCUUUAUAAUUCUCCCCAUGUCUCCCCGCUCCAAACACACUCAAACUUGUCGACCUACAAGAAGCUCCUGAGUUCUCCAUCAACCACUCCAUCUCAGGGCAAUAAUUUCCUUUGCUCAACGCCUAUCCCCCGAGAUGUUCUAUCCCACGUUUUGCCUAGAUUGAUAACAAGAAGGGCUGCGCAACGGAUGAAUGCUCGAGAAUUCCAGCAGUCCCGGUAUUUCGAUAAUGUACUGGUAUCUACGAUUCGGUUCUUAGAAUCAUUACCAGCCAAAAGUCCCAAUGAGAAAUCUCAAUUCUUGCGUGGCUUACAGCGGGUUCUUCCUGACUUCCCUGCAUCAGUGUUGGAAAGAAAGCUAUUGGGGGCUCUUCUGGACGAAAUGAAGGAUCGCGAGCUUCUAUCUCUUUUACUACAGAAUGUUUUUGGGAUCCUCCAACGGAUCCCCAAUGGGCGCCGUACCUUCCCCGAGAAAAUCAUUCCUCGGCUCAAGGAAGUGUUUGGAACAGCUUCUGGCAAAGGGGCCCAAGAACGCGAUUCAAAGAAGGAUGCAGGUCUUAUGGUGGUGCUGGACAAUAUGAAACUUAUUGCGGAAAAUUGCUCAGGAAUGGAGUUCAAAGACGACAUUUUGCCUCUGAUCCGACUUGGGUUGGACUCCCCGACACACUCCUUGGUAGAUGCCUCCAUAAAAUGUCUUCCUGUGGUGCUUCCCGUUCUCGAUUUUAGCACCGUGAAGAACGAGGUGUUUCCUCCCAUUGCGAGCACUUUCAGUCGCACCAGCAGCCUUGCGAUCAAAGUUCGCAGUUUAGAAGCUUUCUGUGUGCUAUGCGGUGGAUCCGCCGAUGACUCUGACGGGUUGGAAGAUGAUCUUACCGGCGUAGUCAAGCCCAGCAAAACGGCGAAGUCUUCUAUUCUCGACAAGUAUACCAUUCAGGAGAAACUUGUCCCAUCUUUGAAAGCUAUCAAAACGAAAGAGCCCUCGGUGAUGGUGGCUGCAUUGAAGGUCUUCCGAGAGGUUGGCAAGAUUGCUGAUACCGAUUUUCUUGCCAUCGAAGUCCUGCCGAUUCUCUGGAGCUUCAGUCUCGGUCCACUUCUCAACCUUAGCCAAUUCAAUGACUUCAUGGCGUUGAUCAAGUCGCUUUCCGCCAAGAUUGAAAAGGAGCAGAUGAGAAAAAUACAGGAGCUUUCCUCCGGGGGAGAGUCCAGUGGGUUUCAAAACGGCAGCAACAGCCUUUCCCAGUCGGCGACAGAUCUUAAUUCUCCUGAUACGGACGGCGCUAGGAAUACUUUCGAGCGUCUCGUUCUCGGCAAGAAUGCAGCGCCUGCAAACGGUAAUGACAUGGAUCUCUGGGGUAGCGUGGAGCCGGAACCCGCCUCCAAGAGACCAGGCAUGUCGCCUGGCUUAUCAUGGUCGAACAACGGUUUAACGUCAGGCCAAGGCGGGGCUUCAAACCAACUUGGCUUCCGCUCCAUCACUCCGGACCAGAAGUUGAGCUCUUUCCCAUCUCUCCAGCCUGGACCGCAAGCCGCCCCCGCGGCACCGUCGUUCCCUACGAUGCAACCAUCCUCACCAACUUGGGGCGCUCAAUCUCAAGGAACCAGGCCCAGUCCCACUUUAAGAUCUCUGUCUGGUAUGGCAAUGAACACUCCCAUGUCUCAGCCACCAUCACAGCAAACAUCCAACUAUUCCGCAUUCUCAAUCCCUCCCCCGCCAGGCAAUAUGGGCUCGAGCAAUGCUAUGAGAUCUCCUUCCUUGAGUACGAACAUGAACUCAGCGCCAUUUCAAACCCAGCAACCACCCCGGCCUAAACCACCAACUCAAAGUUCGGGAUUGGAUAAAUACGAGAGCUUGUUAUAA